AUGCUUUCUUUCUUACUGUCCACGGCAAUAAUGAGGCCUCACAGACGCCAUCAUUAUCGCGUCUUCCCAGAGGCUAAUGGCGCCUCCGCCGUUUGCACCUCGAGCAACGGUAUCAACAUUCGAAACGGUCCUUCAACAUCAAACGGCAUCCUUGGUGCUAUUGGCUAUGGUGCAUGUGUUCCAGUUACCGGCCGCAGUGGCGACUGGUGGCAAGUCAGCUACAAUGGUCAAACAGGCUACUGUUAUUCCGAAUAUGUUCGUGUUCCAGGUACAGUUAAUGCUAACAGCGGUCUGUAUGUCCGCUCCGGUCCAGGUACUGGUUAUGGUAUUGUUAGUAGCCUUGCUAAUGGUGCUACCGUUCAAAUUACAAAAGUCAGUAACAAUUGGUUCUAUGUAGGCAAUGGCUGGUCAUCAGGUGAUUACAUCACAGUUGGUGGAGAUCCAAGUCCAAGCCCAUCCCCAUCCGGCAGUAUUGUUACAGAUUCUCAAAUGCAAAGAAUGGGAUGGUCAAACUAUAGACUUUCCGACUUGAAUGCAUGCUGCUCCAGAUUCGGAAUUACAACCUCUGCAAGACUUCGCCACUUCAUUUCACAGUGCUCCCAUGAAUCUGCUUGCGGUGUCUACACAAAGGAACUUGCUUCCGGAACAGCUUAUGAAGGACGCACAGAUCUUGGCAACAUUUACGCAGGCGAUGGUCCAAAGUACAAAGGCGGUGGUUACAUCCAAUUAACAGGAAGAUCUAACUACCAAGCACUCGCUAACUACCUCAAUGAUGCCAAUGUCAUUAAUAUUGGUGUUGAUUACGUUGCUAACAAUCUCCCAUGGACAUCAGCAGGAUUCUGGUGGUACAGAAAUGGAAUGAACACUCUUUGCGACAAUGGUGCUUCUGUCGAGCAAAUUACAUUACGUGUUAAUGGUGGAUACAACGGCCUUGCUUUCAGAAAGACCUACUACAAUCGUGCAUGCGGCAUAUUCUAA